AUGGCAGCCCCCAGGAAGAGAGCGAAUCUCGCUCGACGAAGGCGGUUGGACGACGAGGGUGAUGAUGUGUCGGUGGCAACUGGGGCUGCUGAGGACUCCCAGAGUGACAUCUCCGUCCCUAGCGAUGUCGACGAGACAGCCGAUGCAGACAACAGCGAUCUCAGCGAUGUGGACAGCUCCCCUUCGCUCACAGCAGGGAAGACAGUACGGAAAGUUAAUGGAUCACGAGAUCUCAAGGCUCGCCCUGACGUCCUGAGCCGGAGGGAGCCUUCUCCGCCCAUUGCUCGCUCUGAUGCCAAGUUCACGGCCACACGAGAGACAGAAAUGAUGCUGAAUGGGUUGAAGAUAGCGGGCAAGGGGCCUGAUGAGGAAGUUGUGGAUUUCGAGACCGGGAGUCCUGCUGUUCAACCUCUUUCCUCUACUGGCACCCCAUCUGGCCGGUCGGAGACUUUUACAGAGCGUAAACGGCGAGAGCAUGAGGAGUACAAGAAGAAGCGAGACUCGGAUCCGGCGUUCAUUCCCAACCGUGGAGCGUUUUUCAUGCACGACCAACGGUCUGCACAGGGUCAGAACGGGUUCCGACCAUUUAUGCGGGGAGGAGCACGGGGAAGAGGCAGAGGAGGCGUCGGGGGCCCCUAUUCGCCAGCAAACAUGAUGGUUUCUGGAUCGGAGGCUACUGAUGCCCCUUGGCAGCACGACCUGCACGAAACCCUCAUCGAUCCCGCACCCCAGUCUCAGCCAACCCAACCACAAGUCGCUCCUACGAGCGCUCCUGUACAGCCUGUGCCUAGUGCACCACACCUGACCGCGAAAGCGCCUGCACAUCCUACACCCAAGCCCCCCCAGACUCGUAACUUCUCUACGACUGUACAUACCCAUAAUGCCCUGGUUCGAGUAGUCCUUCCUGGAAUGAAGGCUCCCAUCCUCUUCAACAAUGUUCCUAUCAAGCAGCACACUCGCCUUCCGAACCAUCGACCCCCCCUUCGACGAGACAAGCCCGUCCGCAUCUCCCUUCCACCCUCCAUGCCACGAUACAUCUUCCCCACGGUUGAACGAUCUUUCAUCUUCAUCCCGCGAGCGCUGCGACCGAAUCAGCAAGGAUUUGGCAGAGGCAGAGGACGCGGCUUUGGAUCCUUUGGCGGUGGGUUCUCAAGCAGACGAACAAGUGCUUAUGGCGGCAGCGUAUAUUCUCCGAGCGUGGCCAUGAGCAGAAGGUCUUCCUUGGCAAGAGAGAUGGGGAGAGACAAUCUAGUGUCACCAGCAGGAUCUGCUAUGUCCCGGCCCGGCGGGUUUGUGGACAAUUCGAGACCUGUCGUCCGCCUGCCACCUGGAGGCCCCAAGAUGCCAAUGGGACCCUCCAUGUACUCUCCGCAGAGCGGUACGCCGGCCGGAAACAUGGGCACGCAACAACCUUACCCGCUUCCACAAAAACCGACGUACCGCGAAAAUUGGCAAGGCCAGCUCCCUAUGCAUCAACCUCGACCGCAAAAGGCCGUCUCGGUGGCUGGUAUCGAAUCACCUGCUUCGAUGACUUUCAAUCCGCCACAGCAACAAGAGCAACAACCGUUCCACCAGCAAGUUCCCACCCACAUGAACGGAGGCACCUCGUCCGCCGAACAACAAUCAUUCUACCCACACGCCCGCCAGCUCUCAUACCCUAGCCAAGCCUCCACUGGAACCCCCUUAUCCAACAUUCCCGAACGCGCCAUCCACGCCCCCGCCUUUCAGCCGUUCCAGCAGCCUGGCUUUCAGCCUCAAAACUUUGCAGUGCAGCCAGGGUACUAUUAUCCUCCACAAAAUGGCGCCCAGCCGCAGUUCUUGCCUCCCGGAGGCAUGGUGCCCAUGUUUGUUCCAAACCCUCAACAAGCUGGAUUCGUUAUGCCGAUGGCGGCUGCCACUGUACCCGCCGCACCACCUUCUGCCGGACAGGCGAAUAUGGUGGCAUACGAAUCGAACGGCAUGACCUACUAUGUGGAUCCUUCACAGCUCUAUGCGGCCGCGCCUCCUUUGGAGGGAUACUCGCAAACGAGCUACGCCGUCCCUGGCAUGGGCGGGAUGAUGACACCCAGCCCUGAAGGCGCAUACUAUUACCCCCAACAGCAAAUGCAACCUGCGGCCUUCUAUCAGCAACCUCAAUGA